AUUCAUUCACCUUCACACAAAACUACAAUCUGCGGAAAAUGGUUAACGCUAAGUUUCACCAGUACCAGGUUGUCGGAAGAGCACUUCCCACCGAAAAGGAUGAACAUCCCAAGAUUUAUCGCAUGAAACUUUGGGCAACCAACGAGGUUCGUGCCAAAUCCAAGUUCUGGUAUUUCUUGAGGAAGUUGAAGAAGGUUAAGAAAAGUAAUGGACAAGUUUUGGCUAUCAAUGAGAUCUUUGAGAAAAAUCCUACCAAGAUUAAGAACUACGGAAUUUGGCUGCGUUAUCAGAGUCGUACUGGUUAUCACAAUAUGUACAAGGAAUACCGUGAUACUACUCUAAACGGUGCUGUGGAGACAAUGUACAACGAAAUGGCAUCUCGUCAUAGGGUCAGAUUUCCUUGCAUCCAGAUCAUUAAGACGGCCACCAUCCCAGCUAAUCUGUGCAAAAGGGAGAGCACUAAGCAGUUCCACAAUUCCAAAAUCAAGUUCCCCUUGGUGUACAAGAAGAUUAGGCCUCCUACUAGGAGCCUAAAAACAACCUACAAAGCAAAGAAGCCCAACCUGUUUAUGUGAUUCAGUGAAUCACAUUUCCCUUCUCAUAUUCUAGUUGCUUGAUUUAUCAGUUUGUACUUUAAGAGCUUUCUGUCGUUUUUUAACAAACUCCAUUACCAGCAAA